AUGGAUCGAUACAAUGAUGUCAAAAUCCUGCUGAAAAAAUGGGAGCAGUCUUUCUUUCAGGAGAACAAGAGGAAGCCAAACAAGGAUGACAUUGCUAGCGCCCCAGAGGAGACUAAAAAACUCUACACGGAGUACAGAGCGCUCAAACAGGCAAAGGAACCCGACCGCAAUGGAAUGUCAGCUCCUUCAGGCCAAGCGAAUACGACAGAGCGACAGUCCGAUAGCUGGGGGGCUCACCUGAACCGCAGAAACAUGCCCGCUGCUACCCCAAAACUGACAUCCCAGGACAAAGAGGCACUGCAGGCUUCUGCGCAGUACUAUGGGAUGAAGCUCAAGUUAAACUUAGGAACUUCAGGAAAGGACCGAUCUGUCUGUUUGAAGAAAACGUUCACUCCGCGGAGAGCUCCGCUGAAAUCAUGGAAAGAGGGCCAGGGCCCAAGUGUUGAAGCAGAGACUCAGGCUCUUCUGCCCCGGCCAGCCAACACAUGUCCAGACCCCUGCCCCUCUCCGGCGCGGGAGGUGAGCGCCGAGGAAAGGGAGGACCUGUUUGAAACCAUACCAGCCCCUGUGCCGUCCAAGACUGCACCGCCCACGGCAGGCACCCCAAAGAGAGCCCAGCUCCUGAGGCAGUCUGUUACCCGGAGGCUGUCGUCAGUGGACGACGCCUGGCUCAGGCGGUGCCAGGUGUUCGGGGAGGUGGAGAGCGAUGAGAGGCCAGUUGUGGGCAAUUCGUCCCCGGCCACAGGGGAGGGGACACUGUCCCCGCCCCCGGAUGGCACCAGCCCUCCCGUUGCCCCCAGGGCUGCUCCUUCAGUGGCGGGGGCCGCCGGGGGUGUGCGAGUGCCGUGCGAGUCUCGGGUCAGUAGCGUAAUGUCUCCGGCAGAGUCGUCCCACAGCGGAGGCCAUUCCUUGGCCAACGGCAGCGCCGGAGGAGGGGAUGGAGAAACCAGAUGGGGCCCGACAGAAGAGGCCCGCGGAGGAGAGGAGACCUCUGCCGUGAGCGCCACUAGGAAACCUCGGCCACGGGCCGCAGAGUUCCAGGAGAGGGAGAUGAUGCCAGGUUCACCUAGGCCUGAAGGUCCAGAAGUCAUGCCCGAGAAGAAAGAGGGAAAGAAGAAGAGUCGGAAGAGACACAGGGACCCUGACAUUGAGGAAGAAGGGCCCGGAGCAGUAGAUGAAAGGGUGGCAAAGAAGAAGAGAAGGAGGACCAAAGAGGUGUCUGCGGAGAGCCCCGAUGCACCCCUCGUGAAUAAAAGGAGGUCGAAGGUCACUGAGGACGAUGGCAGCGAAUCAAAGGGUCCUGCCAGCUCGGAGAAGACGAAGAUGAAGGUUCCCCAGGUGAAUCUCCUGGGUGAAGUGGAGGAGGAAGACAGCAAAGCCUCCUCUGCGAGUCUGAAGAACACCCACAACCUGAGAGCGCCCAAGAACACAGACGGGAACUUUGUGAGAAUCAACCUGAAAAAGAAGUCCCAUGUGAAAGGCUUUGCCCUGAGAGGGGCCGCCCUCCGAAAGCAGAUGUACAUGCAGAAGUUCCAGCUGAAGGGGGAGCGAUUCGGAGGAGGGGCAGGGAGGGGCCGAGGGAGGUUCGGAGGGUUCAGUCGUCAAGGUGACAGCUGCUACAAGUGCGGGGGAACGGGGCACUGGGCCCGGGACUGCAGAGGGAGAGCUCCUGCACCCAUGGCAGAGGGCGGUGGUGUGGAGCCGGAGCCGGCAGAGGAGGCAGAGCCCUUCGAGCUGCCUACACUGGAGGAGGUGGCACGUGCCACGGGCACCCUGCGGCCAGAGCCCCUCGUUGCGCCCCCUGGCUGCAGCGAGCAAAGCGAGGAGAAUGCAGCCGAGGAGGAGGAGAUCUUGCUCAACGUGAUGCGUCCCGACUACGAGAGGCCUGCCCCACCCCCGCCCAUGGAGCCCCUGUAUGACCUGGGGGAGGAUGGCAAAGUGCGAGCUACCCCUCCAGAAGUGUACCAGGCUCUCGCUGACUUUGGGUACAAAUCCUUCAGGCCUGGACAGGAAGUGGCCAUCAUGAGAAUCCUCUCUGGCCUGUCCACACUGGUGGUCCUCUCCACCGGCAUGGGGAAGUCUCUCUGCUAUCAGCUCCCAGCGUACCUGUAUGCCAAACGGUCGAAGAGCAUCGCGCUGGUAGUGUCCCCUUUGGUGUCCCUGAUGGAUGAUCAGCUAUCUGGACUGCCCCCUAAGCUAAAAGCUGCUUGUAUUCAUUCCAACAUGUCUCUGAAGCAGAGGGAGGCGGCCAUCGAAAAGGUGAAGGCUGGCCAGGUCCACGUUCUCCUCCUGUCCCCGGAGGCGCUGGUAGGAGGGGGGCACGCGGGGUCUGGCUGUCUGCCCCCGGCUGAACAGCUCCCCCCGGUGGCCUUCGCCUGCAUCGACGAAGCCCACUGCGUGUCUGAGUGGUCCCACAACUUCAGGCCCUGCUACCUGAGGCUGUGCAAGGUGCUGAGGGACCGCCUGGGCGUGCGGUGCCUCCUCGGCCUGACUGCCACGGCUACCCUGGCCACCGCGCUGGACAUCGCCCGCCACCUGGACAUCAGCGACCAGGAGGGCAUCGCUGUCCGCUCGGCUGCUGUCCCGCGCAACCUGCAGCUCUCCGUGUCCACGGACCGGGACAAAGACCAGGCCCUGGUGUCCUUGCUGAAAGGGGAUCGCUUUGGGUGUUUGGACUCCAUCAUAGUCUACUGCACCCGGCGAGAGGAGACCUCCCGUGUUUCCGCACUGCUGCGUACCUGCCUACGGGGGGCGACAGUGAAGGAGUCCUCCAGCACAGUUACAGGAGAGGCAGAGGAGAACCCAGCAGGGAAGCAGAAGAAGGCUCUGGCCAGGAAGCGCAUCCGGAAGCCGCUGAAGUGGAUUGCCGAGGCGUACCACGCCGGCAUGUCGGCGGCGGAGCGCCGGCGGGUGCAGAACAACUUCAUGUGUGGCGAGCUGCGCGUGGUGGUGGCCACUGUGGCCUUCGGCAUGGGCUUGGACAAGUCCGACGUGCGCGGCGUCGUCCACUACAACAUGCCCAAGAGCUUCGAGAGCUACGUGCAGGAGAUCGGGCGUGCCGGGAGGGACGGCCAGCCUGCGCACUGCCACCUGUUCCUGGACCCUGAGGGAGGGGACCUCCAUGAGUUGCGGAGGCACAUCUAUGCGGACACAGUGGAUUACUUCACUGUCAAGAAGCUGGUGCAGAAGGUCUUUCCCCCCUGCAAGUGCAGACAGAUCUACCAAAAGCGGCAGGACCUGGCCAAGGCUGGGGAGGUGGACGAUACGGAGAUGCUGGAGCUGAUGGACACCUGUGAGGACAAGCUGGAGGUACAGCUGGAUCCGCAGCAAGGGAAGCAGCCAGCAGAGACCCAGAGUUCAGCACUAGAUGUUAGCCAGGGAGGCAAGCAGCCAGAUCAGCAGCAAGAGGGAGGAGUUGAGGGUGAACCAGUGAGUGAGCUGCAGGAGGACGGGCCAGGAGGGGUCGAGGGUCAGGAGGUGGAGGGGGAUUGGAAGAAGCAGGACAGUGCAGGAGAGCCGAAAGGGCAGCAGCCGCACCAGGACGAGGCAGUAGCAGGCGGGGAGGCACGGGCGCCUCCAUCCCGGGUGUGCCACACGCAUGAGCGAGCCAUACCCAUCCAGGACACCGUGGAGGCCCUGGACGUCACCGAGGAAGGCUUGGAGACGUUGCUGUGUUACCUGGAGCUGCACCCCCAGCAGUGGGUGGAGCUGCUGCACCCCACCCUGUGCAUGUGCCGCCUGGUCUGCUACGGAGGCCCCCAGCAGCUCCGCAAGCUCACCAAAAUCUGCCCCCCAGUUGCCGUGGCGCUGGCCCGGAAGAGGAUGGCGGGGGAGCGGGUGGAGGUGUGCGACUCGCUGGAGUUUGACGUGGUGGAGCUCGCCGACACCAUGGGCUGGCAGCUGCCCCUGGUCAAGAGAGGCCUCCGACAGCUGCAGUGGAGCACGGAGAGGGGCACUGGUAAGAGUGGGGUUCUGGUGGAGUUCUCCAGCCUGUCCUUCUACUUCCGUUCCUACGGUGACCUGACGGCGGACGAGAUGGACAGGGUGUGCGACUUCCUGCAUAGGCGGGUGCAGGCUCAGGAAAAGACACAGCUGUACCAACUCAAGGCCUGCUUCCGAGCCUUCUGCAGCGUGGCAUAUCGAAAUUGCAGUUUCUGCACAGACGAGAUGGAUGAAGAGCGUAGCCUCAAACUGAAGGAGCUGCUCAGAGACUAUUUCGAUAAGAAGAAGGAGCUGGACCUGAGUAAAAACUCCCUGGAGGAUAAGGAGAAUGAGGAGGAUGAUGAGGGGUUGAGUAUGUGCAAGAUGAGAGACUGGGAAGAUCAGAUUCGGGCAGAUAUCCGGAGCUUCCUGGCCAACCGCAGCGAUGAGAAGUUCACCGGCAGAGCUAUUGCCAGGAUUUUUCAUGGAAUUGGGAGCCCCUGCUAUCCCGCUCAGACGUUUGGCCGCGACCGGCGAUACUGGCGCAAAUACCUUCAGUUUGAUUUCAAUGAAAUCAUCCGUUUGGCAACGCAGGAAAUCAUACGGACUAAAUGA